GCCGCCAGAGUGAGAGCUGUUCCGUGGUCGCCUAUUGUUUUUGUUGACCUGCUGCGGCUUUUCAUCUAGUUCGCCCGAGUCUAUUUCCAUGCCAAAUGGCCGCCUUUAUGGAGGAAGCGUUAGUGGAGGCUCGGCGGGCACGUGACGCCGGCGAGGUGCCCGUGGGCUGUGUGUUCGUUCAUGGGGACAAGGUGGUCGCACGUGGCGGGAACGAGGUGAACGUCCACCGGAACGCCACCCGCCACGCGGAGUUCAUCUGCAUCGACGCGAUCCUGGCUACCUGCCGUGAGAAGCGUCUGCCCGCCCGCCAGCUGUUCAGCGAGAUAACCGUGGUGGUCACCGUGGAGCCCUGCAUCAUGUGCUCCGCCGCCCUGCACACCCUCGGUGUCAAGGAAAUAAUCUUCGGCUGCGAGAACGACCGCUUCGGAGGCAAGACUGUGGUGGACGUGGCCGCCGUCGUUGGCCAACGGAUCGACAUCACCGGAGGCGUGCGGGCGGACGAGGCGAUGGCCCUGCUCAAGGAGUUCUACAAGGGCGACAACCCGGCGGCACCGCCGCAGGCCAAAAAGAAUAAGUAGAUCAGUCAGAGGAACCAGCUACUUUCGGGAACCGGAACUACUCAUUACGGAUCCACAGGCCGAGAUAGGUCAUAGGAUCUCACUCAAGAAGAGAAUGAACCAAAAACAUGGGGAAGAAGGAGGAGAAGCACCAUAUACCAACUAUUUCUCAAGAAAGAAAAACAGUUACCAACAAAGUAAAACAAGAAUAGCACCUACUUCUUAAAAGUCAAAAGGCAGAACUUAUUAAACCGCUGCCUUAAAAAGGGACAAAUGAAAAAAACUAUUAUUCCCUAAAAAAGGAACAACUAAUCCACCCAAAGUCAUAUUUAUGAAAGUAAUCUUAAAGAAGAUAUUCGGAGGAGAAAACAGCAAUUACAAAAGAAAUCCAAACACAAUUGCAUCCCGAAAAAACAUUUAAUUCCCGAAAGUCAAAUAAGUUCCACUGUAGCAUUCGUCGACGAUUUCUGUAUAUGUUUCAAUUUAUUAUAAUCUUUAAGCAUAGUCUAAGAUAUAUAUAUAUAUAUGUAUAUGGCGUUCAGAACGUAUGUUUAAACUCUAAACAUAAAUACAAUUACUGCAUGAAAGCUA